AUGUUCGCCACGGCCCUGAAACGGGCCCCCGGCCUCUGCGCCGCCGCGGCCACGGCCGCCGGCGGCACGGCGGUGGCGUCGCAGCUGCCCUCGGAGCUGCACAUCUCGGGCAUCCCCGUGUCCAUCGUGCUCGGCGCCUGCGCGGGCAACGCCGCGCCGGCGGCGCUCAAGGAGGCGCUCAAGCCCGGCGUCGCCUUCGCGACGUCGACGGUGCUCCGGAGCGGCAUCGUCGCCGUCGGCGCGAAGCUGUCCGCGGCGCAGGUGCUCGCGCUCGGCUGGACGACGGUGCCCGCGGCGGCCUGCAGCGUCGGCGCGGGCUGCCUCGUCAUCCCCGCGCUCGCCGCGAGGGCGGGCCUCGCGCCGCGGCUCGGCGCGCUCCUGGCCGCGGGCACGAGCAUCUGCGGCGUCACGGCGAUCGGCGCGACGGCGCCGGCGAUCGGCGCGACGCAGGCCGAGGUCGCCGUCGCCGUCGCGAACGUCGUCGCCUUCGGGUCCGCGGGCAUGCUCGCCUACCCGCACGCGGCCGCGCGCCUGUUCCCCGCGGACGACUCGUCGCACGUCGGCCUGUUCCUCGGGCUCGCGGUCCACGACACGGCCCAGGUCAUGGGCUGCGCCGCGUCCUACGCGGAGCAGUACUCGGACGCCGCCGUCGUCGGCGCCGCGGCCGUGGCGAAGCUCACGCGGAACGUGUUCUUGGCGGGCGUCGUGCCGCUCAUGGCGCUCAAGCACGGCGGCGCGGCGUCGGGCAAGUCCAUCGCCGCGGCCGUGCCGUCGUUCGUCGCCGGCUUCGUGGGCAUGUCGGCCGUGCGGAGUUUGGGCGACUACCAGGUCGCGUCGGGCGGCAAGGCGCUGGGCCUGCUCGACGCCGACGACUGGAAGCGACAGGCGGACUGGGUCGGCGCGGUGCUCGGGACGAAGGUGCUCCUCGCGACGGGCCUCGCGGGCGUCGGCCUGUCCGUGGACUUUAACGCGUUCAAAAGCGCGGGCGUGCGGCCCUUCGCCGUCGGCGCCGCGGGCGCGACGAUCGUCGGCGGCGUCGGCCUCUCGACGGCCCUCCUGCUGUCGCAUCUCAACCGGCCAGCGACGGCGCCUUAA